GGCCGGGGCGCAGCGCCGCGCUCCCACGCGUGUCCCCGCUCCCACGGCGGGCCGGGAGGCUGCCCCGCCGCCCCAGGUUGAUGUCAGGAUGCAGCACUAUGGAGUGAACGGCUACUCGCUGCACGCCAUGAACUCGCUGAGCGCCAUGUACAACCUGCACCAGCAGGCAGCCCAGCAGGCCCAGCACGCCCCCGACUACCGGCCCUCCGUGCACGCCCUCACCCUGGCUGAGAGACUGGCUGACAUCAUUUUGGAGGCACGUUAUGGAUCCCAGCACCGCAAACAGAGGCGGAGUCGCACGGCCUUCACGGCCCAGCAGCUGGAGGCCCUGGAGAAGACUUUCCAGAAGACUCACUACCCAGAUGUGGUGAUGAGAGAGCGGCUGGCCAUGUGCACAAACCUGCCUGAAGCCAGAGUCCAGGUCUGGUUCAAGAACCGAAGAGCCAAAUUCCGGAAGAAGCAGCGCAGCCUGCAGAAAGAGCAGCUGCAGAAGCAGAAGGACUGUGAGGGGAGCCACAGCGAGGGAAAGAUGGAGCCCCCUGUGCUGGAGACCCAGACUCCCACCCCGGACACUGAGAAGGUCCAGAGCCUCCCCAGCGAGGUGGGCACUGACCUCAACCUGACCCUGUCGGAGCAGUCUGCCAGCGAGUCAGCUCCCGAGGACCAGACCGACAGGGAGGAGGAGUUCAAGAGCACCUUGGAUGAGGCCAAAGUGGACAAGAGCCCUGGGGUGGACAGCAAGACUUUGAACUGCAAGAGAGCGAGCCCAAAAGCAGAGUCCCCUCUCAGCGCGACUGUGACGCCUUCGUCCAGCAGCAGCCUGGCUCAGACUCACUCCUACUCCUCCUCGCCCCUGAGCCUCUUCCGGCUGCAGGAGCAGUUCCGCCAGCACAUGGCAGCCACCAACAACUUGGUCCAUUACUCCUCCUUCGAAAUGGGGACACCGUCUGCCAUGCCCUACUUGGGCAUGAACGUCAACAUGGCCCCGCUGAGCUCCCUGCACUGUCAGUCCUACUACCAGUCGCUGUCGCACGCUCAGCAGGUCUGGUCCUCCCCCAUCCUGCAGGCCUCCAGCUCUCUGCCGAGCCUGAACAGUAAAACCACCAGCAUUGAGAACCUGAGGCUCCGGGCGAAGCAGCACGCGGCGUCCCUGGGGCUGGACACCCUCCCCAACUGACUGCCCCUGAGAAGGUGCACCAGGGGCUGGCACCACGCCUGGCACUCCUCGGAUCCCCACGCACCCCCACCUCUUCCUGGAGUGAGGUGCUCCCUUGCAGGGAGAACUUUGUGUUUAUGAACGUCCUGUUAGCACCACGGUUGCGUCAGACAUUGCUACUGGCCUGGUCUUCACUAAAUAUCUAACGAGGAAGGGGGAGAGGAGCUGUGUUUAGACAGAUGAACUGUCCUCUGGACUGCCACGAGUUCAGCCUGUAACGUUCAGGAGGAGCCCCCUCUCCUCAUCCCCACCAUAAGGUGCCAACUGUGUUUUAUUCACCUUUUGUUUUGUUGCUGUUGUUACGUUCUCUGGGGGAAGAAAGAGUCCUGCUUCGUCUUGUAUAUAGUUUAUAACGUUGACAGCACCCAUCAUCUGUGUGUUACUGUCAGUGCUACAGAACUGUGACCUCUUUUGCUUUUAUUCCCCUUUCCUUUUCAAUUUUAGUAGCUAGGAUCAGAGUUACAAAUCAGCCAUCACCUUGACCUCAGCUGGUAGCUAGUUGCUCUUCUUGGGUCAGCAUCCUAAAGGUGUUCAUGAGGAACAGGCAUGAUCGUGCACUUCGCCACUCCACUUCUCCUUUCUCUGCUAAAGCUAAUUUUUUAACAACUGGGAAAUGAUCUGAAGGUGAAUUUCCUGUUUAAGCACUUCCUAUAAGGCAAGCGGUUUUCUUUUUCUUUUUAAUAGCACUUGCUCAAAGAGGACAAAAUAUUGGCCAAACGCUGCUGGCUGUGAGAAAAUGAAGGCCAAAUUUGCAGAUUAUUUUUGAUCUAUAUUGUUUCCUCUUUGAUCUUCAGAGAAGUGUAAACUUUAUUUACAAAUUACGGGGUUUUCUUUUUGGAGGGCAUUUUGGUCUUACUUUGAUAAUAGAUAGUAAUAAAAAUUUCAUAUGGACUCUUGGUGUGUGAACACACCAUGAACUUUCUUGUUCUUUGACAGACAACUUAAUGCAAGCUGUGUCCAGGAAAAAAUCUCUGAUCACCAAAUUCUCUUCUCAAACCCUCAGUCCAGAAAGUGGUUAUCAAGUGAAAAUGUAACAAGUGAAAAAUGCUGAACUGCUGGAGGCAAAGCAGGUGUAAGCAGGGGCUUUAUAUUCUCUUGGGAACUGAGGGGGGAUAGAUGAACUUGCCAAAAAUGCAGGGUUUGCAAGUAACCAAAAUUCACCAGCUCCAGAAAUACUGCACUGAACAGUUUCAGUCUCAUUUCAUUGGAAUGACCCAUCAUUCACCCUUGGGUGGUUUUCCUUGUUGAGAAGGAAUGUUUCUGCCAAUUUAAAUCACUUUUUUUUCCUU